ACACACGGGUCUAGAGCGUCGCCUCAGCAGCGCCUUGGGGCUGGGGAGGGAGAACUGCGCCGAAGCGGAACGAUAGUGUCGGGGGUCCCGCUUCCGGGAGGAAGGAAAAAGGAAGCGGGACUCGGGAGCGGAUUUGGCCGGGGACCGGAAGCUGAGCGGCGCAAAGCGGGCGAAGUUGCUGGGGGCGACGGCCGGAGCCGCGGCGGGAGGAGAUGGCGGGGCUGUCGGCGCGGGACCCGGCCGUGGAUCGGUCGCUGCGCUCCGUCUUCGUGGGCAACAUCCCCUACGAAGCCACCGAGGAGCAGCUGAAGGACAUCUUCUCCGAAGUGGGGCCUGUCGUCAGCUUCCGAUUGGUGUAUGACCGAGAGACUGGCAAGCCCAAGGGCUAUGGCUUUUGUGAGUACCAGGACCAGGAGACGGCGCUCAGCGCGAUGCGCAAUCUGAAUGGGCGCGAGUUCAGCGGGAGGGCGCUGCGCGUGGACAACGCAGCCAGCGAGAAGAACAAAGAAGAGCUGAAGAGCCUGGGCACAGGUGCUCCCAUUAUAGAGUCGCCCUAUGGAGACCCCGUGAACCCCGAAGAUGCCCCUGAGUCCAUCAGCAGGGCUGUUGCCAGCCUCCCACCUGAACAGAUGUUUGAGCUGAUGAAGCAAAUGAAGCUCUGUGUCCAGAACAGCCCGCAGGAGGCGCGGAGUAUGCUGCUGCAGAACCCCCAACUGGCCUAUGCUCUGCUGCAGGCCCAGGUGGUGAUGCGGAUUGUCGACCCCGAGAUCACACUGAAAAUCCUGCAUCGCCAGACCAGCGUCCCUUCACUGAUCCCAGGCAACCCACAAGCAGGGCCCGGGCCUGGGCCAGGAGUUGGGCCUGGGCCCGGUCCAAACGCACCGAUGAGCCAGCCAAACGUCCCUGCCUCCCAGCCUCAGCCAAUGCAGGGAGGCAUGCACGUCAACGGCGCCCCACCCAUGAUGCAGCCUCCGAUGCAAGGGGGGGUCCCGGCCCCUGGCCAGAUGCCAGCUUCGGUGCCUGGGCCCGGCCCCUUGGCUCCGGGAGGGGGCAUGCCAGGAGGUGGACCCAUGCUGCUGGAACGUGGGCAAGUGGACAAUGAGAGUGAUGCUUUCCCCAGUAAUGCUCCAUCAGGGAACCUGCAGCUCUCUCCCGUGGGACCUGCCAGGCCUGCCUCUCUUGAGCGAGUUCAAGUGCCCAUGCCAGACCCGAGGGCCCCCAUGCAGCGUGGGCCCAUGCCGGCGAGCGGCCCACCGCCCCGAGGCCUCCUGGGAGAUGCCCCCAAUGACCCCCGCGGAGGGACGCUGCUCUCCGUCACGGGAGAGGUGGAACCCAGAGGUUACCUUGGGCCACCCCACCAGGGCCCACCCAUGCACCACAUGCCCGGCCACGACAACCGCGGACCACCCCCCCACGAAAUGAGAGGCGGGCCGAUGGGAGAGCCCAGACCCCUGAUGGGGGAGCCCCGAGGGCCCUUGAUGGAUGGCAGAGGUGGAAGAGAUCCAAGGGGUAUGGAGCCCCGAGGCAUGGAUGGCAGAGGGAUGGAGCCCCGAGUGAUGGAUGCCAGGGGCAUGGAGCCCAGAGGCAUGGAACAAAGGGGCAUGGAGCCCAGAGGCAUGGAGCCCCGAGGCAUGGAACAAAGGGGCAUGGAGCCCAGAGGCAUGGAGCCCAGAGGCAUGGAACAAAGGGGCAUGGAGCCCAGAGGCAUGGAGCCCAGAGGCAUGGAACAAAGGGGCAUGGAGCCCAGAGGCAUGGAGCCUCGUGGAAUGGAACCCAGGGUCAUGGAUCCCCCGAGGGGCAUGGAGCCCAGAGGCAUGGAACAAAGGGGCAUGGAGCCCAGGGUCAUGGAUCCCCCGAGGGGCAUGGAGCCCAGAGGCAUGGAGUCCAGGGGACCCGGUCCUAACCCAAGAGGUCCAAUGACAGGGGCGAUUCAAGGUCCCGGGCCUCUGAACAUGGGAGCGAGUGGCCCUCAGGGGCCUAGACAGGUUCCUAAUAUGCCGGGGACGGCCAUGCAGACAGGUGGCAUGCCGGGUGCAGGUGUGCCAGCAGCUGGCCAGCCAGGGGGGUUCAGCCCUGGCCAAAACCAGGUAACCCCCCAGGAUCAUGAAAAGGCCGCACUCAUCAUGCAGGUCCUCCAGCUGACGGCAGACCAGAUCGCCAUGUUGCCCCCGGAGCAAAGGCAAAGCAUCCUCAUCCUGAAGGAGCAGAUCCAGAAGUCCACCGGGGCCCCUUGAGGAGCUGCGUCUGUGGGGUUGGGAAGGCCGGAGAAACAGCCCCCUCCUGGGUGGAGACAGCCCUGCGGUCAGCUGAGAGGCCUUGGUUGGGGCCAGAGCGGCCAGGAGGAGAGUUCCCUUUCCCUCCUCCCACCCCAAGUUCACGCUGUUCGCCAUUUUGUUUAGUUGCUGAUGUCUCAAAUAAAACUGUGUUUGGAGUC